AUGAACAAGUUCAUAGCUCCCAGUCUUCUUUUGGUCUCAGGCUCUAGAGCCGCGACCAUCAGUCCACGCGAGUACCGACCCAACGAGCACUUGAUGCUGGUGGACUGCGGCAUUGGAGUUCUCCCUAACGGCGCCUCAACUUCAAGGGAAAUGGCGUAUUACUCUGGAUCGUACACUGACGGCAACAGGAAGUGGAUACAUCCAGAUAUGAUUGCGAAUUUGCCCUGA